UGCAAAAUUUAUGUUAAUAUCAAGUAUAUGUGCAGAGCAAUUUGCUUAGAAAAUGAAGAACCGCUUACGCUUAUGGCUAAUUUUUCACAGGCUACUAUAGCAUAUACUUUAAUUUAAUACAAAACAUCGAGUCUUCGACGGCUUGAACACAAUCUGAAAUCGUGUUUAUGCGCUGGACAAUUGUCAAGACAUAGCUGUCACAAAAGAGCAACAACACAGCCUGCUAUUGAUGAACAUUUUUCAUUCUCUUUUGAAGGCCGUUGGUUACUUUUAGCUUUACACCAGAAAACUAAGAACACGGCUGGUUUUAGCAGAUGCGUAGUUCCGCUUUCAUCCACGACUCGCACUUCACGCCCACUUUAGCACUGGCGGCGCAAAAGUUAAUAAGUUAGUUAAUCAAUAGCUAUCGUAUUCAACAGUGUCUGAAGACAGUUGACGAACACGAUGAGCAAACUGUCGUCUAGCAGCAAAUGAUGUUUCGACCGUAUUAAAAUGAAUCGAUAAAUAAACGAACAGCCCACAACGAGCCGGAGCCGCCUUGAGAAGUGAAGUUAAAUUGAAUGAAUCUCACACCUAUAUUUAACCGUGCAACACCCUGUGGAUAACCUUCCGAAAAGAACAAAUUGCUCAAAAGAGCGAAAGAUCUCAUUGUAUUUGCGGCACGUUCUUUACCCGAAACAUGGGCACGUAUGAGUAUCUAGUAGAAAGUAAUGCGUCACCGACGCUGCCCGAACGGAUGCAAGAACUAUACGCGGCUGGAGAGCUUAUGGAUACGACGCUAGUGUGCAAAAAUGGUUCUGUGCGUGCACACAAGGUGGUGAUGGCAGCGCAGAGUAAAUUUUUAGAGGAUGUGCUAGUUCAGCAUCCUUGCAAAAGUCCUGUUAUUGUUCUACUAGACCUGGACAUCGACACAUUACGCUGUCUUGUUGAUUACAUGUAUCAUGGAAAGGUGGCGAUUAAAGCAUCGAUAUUUGAGGAUUUUGUUAAAGCCGCAAAUGUCCUGCGAUUGGUGAGUAUUAUUCGUGGCCCGGAGGGACACGAUGAGGAGACCGAUGUAAGUGGGCAAACCGUCAGUACUCAACUAGAAAGCUGCAGCAGAAGUGAUGCGAAUUCGUUUGAAGGCACGGUUUGUCACGUCGAAGAAAUGAACAAUUAUGUGGAUCCUGCUGAUACCCCGACGAGCACAAGGGAAGCUGCGACGACUACCACAGAAGCAACUACAACGGCGAAUACAUCCCAACUUGAGGCAUCUGAUGUAAUUACAGAAGGUCAAGAACUGGUUCAAGUGCAGUCUCUGGAGGGCCAUGUGCCAGAAGAUUCGUUCGUCACGGAUGAUCUGGCAGUAGCUAUCGCUCCGCCAGUAAAAAGAUCUUCGGUAACGGCGUCGCACAGUGGAAGUCAACAACAUUCGUCGGGGCUGCGUACCAUAGUGAUUUCUUCAAGAGCUAACUUCGAUCAGCGGUCAACCCCACGACUGUUCACACAGCGGCCAGUGGAAAGAAUUAGAUUGUGUCGGACGAACCAAUCAAAACGGCGUCGUUUCGAUGUUGUGGCGCUUCGGUCGCGACCACCGACAACCGUAGCCACGAGCGGCACUGGCGAAGUUCCUGUAUCAGGACUUGGGAAGGUCAUUACAAUAGCUGGUACCGGACCACCAUUAAGUGCAGAGGGUGCCACCUUGGCCGGUGGAGGUGCGAUGAAAUCAGUUCAAAACCCCAGCGCUAACAACAGUCGAAAGUGUGAGGGUCUUGCCCGCAUCGAGGCAGGCCUAAUUCGAGCAGAACAACGCGAUGGUGGGGAAUCGAAUCUCGAUGAAUUAGUGAACGUUCACCAACAGAUGGUCGUUGAUAGCAACGGGGUACGAAUGCAUCAAUGUCUGCUUUGUCCACAGACAAUGGCCUUUCCGUCCAAUAUGAAACGACAUAUAAUGGGUCACCUCGGCAUCAAACCGUUCAAGUGUCAACAUUGCGACUUUCAAUCGACACUCCGAGGUGAUCUCAACGUUCACAUGAGAAAAAAGCACCCAAACGAGGAUACGCAGCAAAAUAUGAUUAUCAGUAUGAAAUGACAGUAACACUGAAACAAAAACGAUUUUCAUAAGUUUCAGCAAUGCUCUAUCGGUGCUGCUUCAUGCAAGCAGACUCAUUAUGUAAAAAAGGAUAAAAAUAAUAAUACUAUAGUAUUCAUGGCACGAUGAUAAGGGACAAAAGGCGUUAUAUAUAUAUAUAUACAUGAAAACGGAAAAAUGCAUGUAAAAACAGGGAGCUGAUUCGAGAUAAAUUUGGGUUGAAUAUCAUCAUGGCUAGAGGCUGUAAGCCAAACAGUGACUUAGCAUAUAGGGGAGCGACAUCUUCAUCCGUAGCUAGCCCUAUUGUGUGUAUAUUUUCCGCCGCACGUAACAUGUUUCAUUAGGCCCCGUUCACCGGCAACCUUGCCACUUUAACAGCGCAUGAACAUGAAUACUAUGAUCAUAGUUACUACGUUGCUCUUACCCUCAUGUCUCUCUCAUUUCUAUUAAAAUUUUGCUAUUGAUAAUUAAUGCUAUUUUCAUUAGUUAAUUUCGUCCGUCAUGCUAUAUACCAAUAAAAGUAAUAGUUACUACUCUUUGAGGUAGUGUCGUAAA